GUCAGCUGCACGUUUCCUAUCGAUGUUGUUGCUGUUUAUUUAGGAUUUUACUCGUAUUUCAUUUAUAUUUUAUACAAAUAGUGGAAGUUAAAAUAGUCUUGGUAAAUAGAUAACUGUGUCUCCAAGUAAUCAUGCCCGGUCCUGAUUUAUUAUCGAGCCAGGGACUUCGUUUAGACGGCAGAAGACCAAACGAGCUAAGACGAAUUCGGUGUAAACUUGGAGUGUUCACUCAACCCGAUGGAAGUGCUUAUUUGGAACAAGGAAACACAAAGGUCUUAGCCGCCGUAUACGGCCCUCAUCAGGCAGCUAAAUCUAAAAUGAACACAGAAGGAGUAGUUGUUAAUUGCCAGUACAGUAUGGCCACAUUUUCGACAGGUGAAAGAAAGAACAGGCCUCGUGGCGACCGGAAGUCCCAGGAGAUGUCAAUGCACCUAAGGCAGGUGCUGAUAGCUGCUAUCAAGACCGAGUUGUACCCUCGCUCACAGAUUGACAUUUAUGUGGAAGUGUUACAGGCAGAUGGCAGUGCGUUCUGCGCCUGCGUAAACGCAGCGAGCCUAGCGCUCAUUAACGCGGGCAUACCAAUGCGGGCCAUCGUGUGCGCGUCCUCUGCUUCCAUGGCGUGGCGUGGCGCUGAACCGCAGCCGCUGGUGGACGUCGGGCAUGUUGAGGAGGCGGCGGGUGGUGUGUGUCUCACAGUGGCCGCUAUGCCUACCACAGGAAGUAUAGCCCUCUUGGAGAUGUCCCACAGACUGCACAUGGACUAUUUUGACCUAGUGUUGAGCAGAGCCAUGCAAGGAUGCAGAGAUAUUGAGGCGGUGUUGGAUCGAGCAGUAAGAGACCACCUGGCAGAGGGCUGGACUAAACCAGAUGCUUGAAAUAAAUUCUCAUG